GUUUCUUACACAGAUGAUAAAUUCUCUCUACACACCCCAUUGUUUCUGCUAGCGAGCCCACCAUCUGCCUUUUCUAAUUAGCGGACGUCAAAGCCCUCGCGGCCGUGGUACUGUGUCUCAAUUUCUUGCCGGAAUCGCAUAACCGAGUCAAAGAAGUCUGAAAAGUCAUGGGUAAGGACGCCAAAGCAAAGGAGUCAGGAGGGAAGGGCAAGGGAAAACAGGCAGCGGGUGCAAGUGAUGAUAGUGCUUCAAAGGGUAAGGGAAAAGCUGCAAAGGCAGAUGGGCUUGGCACCUGCACAUAUGUCAAAGCAAGGCAUAUCUUAUGCGAGAAACAAGGGAAGAUUAAUGAAGCCUACAAGAAGUUGCAAGAUGGCUGGCUUAGUAAUGGAGACAAGGUUCCACCAGCUGAGUUUGCCAAAAUAGCAGCAGAAUAUUCAGAGUGUCCAUCAGGGAAGAAGGGUGGUGACCUGGGUUGGUUUCCGCGAGGGAAGAUGGCUGGACCAUUUCAGGAGGUUGCCUUCAACACACCUGUUGGAGUUACUAGUGCACCAUUUAAAUCAACACAUGGAUACCACAUCAUCUUGAGCGAGGGAAGGAAGAAUUGAUAGAACCUGGCUGUGAAAUUUAGUCUGUGUUGGAUUAUUGGCCGUGAAUCGAAGUAAACGUGGUGCAUUUUGUUUCUGAGACUUGGCUUGACUGUGUCAUGAUAUUUUGAACAUAAUCGACUCGAUGAUGGUUCAUCUUUUUAUGAUGUUGACUUGAUAAAGCUCCCUUUAGUCAUUGUUAUGAAAUGUUAUAUAGUUCAUCUGUUGAGUUGA